ACCUUUAUGAUGUUGAUUUGAAUUUCCAUAUGAAAACUUGUAUGUUUGGGUCAAUAGAAGGCAUUGUUGAAUAUUGAAAACAAGGAAAGAGAGUUGAACCACCGCUUGCAACUAGACAUUGUUUAUUUCAAUUUUCAUGUAACGCCAAAUAUCACGACCUUGAAAGUCAUCCUUUUAUUGUAAAUAAAAACAUAAUUUAAUCUCUUUUUGAGCUUCAUUCCAACCAACACUCUUGUUCUUCAUCAUUCAUCAUCAUGGGAAGUUCCUGUACAAAACCAGUUGCUCAUGUUUCUUCGUCAAAUAUUUCUGGAAGUAAGAAAUCUCAAAGCAGGACAAAUUCUUCUCAACAAAAAGCUUCUUUGCAAACGAGUCAUGAAAGUGUUGAUCCAUCAAUCUCCGGUAAACUGAAGUCAUUCAGCUUGAUCGAUCUGAAGGAGGCUACUAAGAAUUUCCGGCGAGAGAAUUUAAUCGGAGAGGGAGGGUUUGGGCGUAUCUUCAAGGGAUGGAUUGAUGAAAACACGUAUAGUCCAACAAAACCAGGGAGUGGAAUUGUGGUGGCCGUUAAGAAUCUCAAGCCAGAAAGCUUUCAAGGUCACAAGGAAUGGCUGGCAGAAGUUAAUUAUCUAGGGCAGCUUCACCAUGAAAAUCUUGUGAAACUCGUUGGUUAUUGUUUGCAAGGAAAAAACAGGCUUCUAGUUUAUGAGUUUAUGCAAAAAGGAAGUUUGGAAAAUCAUUUAUUCAGAAAAAAUGUUCAACCUAUUGCGUGGGCAACACGUGUCAACAUUUCUGUUGGUGUUGCAAAAGGAUUAGCAUUCUUACAUUCCUUGAAUGCAAAUGUUAUAUUUCGUGAUUUAAAGGCGUCUAAUAUCCUACUUGAUUCGGAUUUCAAUGCAAAGCUUUCGGAUUUCGGGCUGGCAAGAGAUGGUCCUACAGGAGAUAAUACUCAUGUUUCAACUAGAGUUAUUGGAACUCAAGGUUAUGCUGCUCCAGAGUAUGUUGCUACAGGUCAUUUGACACCAAGGAGUGAUGUAUACAGCUUUGGCGUUGUUUUGUUAGAGUUACUAACAGGAAAGCGUGCUGUAGAAGACGCAAGACCUGGACUUUCUGAAGAAACUCUGGUGGAUUGGGCAAUGCCUUUCUUGAGUGAUAGCAGAAGAGUUUUGAGAAUCAUGGACACAAGAUUAGGUGGUCAGUACUCAAAGAAAGGAGCACAAGCUGCUGCUGCACUUGCAUUACAAUGCUUAAACUCAGAUCCUAAAAUUAGACCACCUAUGGUAGAUGUUGUUGCAACAUUGGAAGGACUUCAAUCAUCAAAUACAUUCCAAAGGACACCAAAAUAUGCAAAUGCAACCAAACACUCUUGUCAUUCCCUAACCUAAAAUGGAAGCGGUGUUGGCGAGUUAGGGUCAUAUCUAGUGUCCGUGUCCUUGCUUGAGAGAAUGAUUAACAUUUGUGCCCUUGCUUGUAAGUAUUAUUACAUUGUGGAAGCAUAGCAGAUAGGUUAUUUUGGGCUUCUAGCAUUGUUUGAUUCUUUGUGCUUUUAAUAUAUGCACUAUUGUUAUAUAUACGAAUUUUGAAAAAGUAUAUAAGUUGUGAGAGUUUGAUUUC